CCAUGGCUCUCUCCCAGCAAAUCACUACCCCGACCUGCACCUACGAGCAGCCCCUCGGCCUCUUCAUCAACAACGAGUUCGUCAAGGGCGUCGACGGCCGCUGCUUCGAGACCAUUAACCCCCACAACGAGAAACCCAUCGCUGCCGUCCACGAGGCCACCGAGAAGGACGUCGAUGUCGCUGUCGCUGCUGCCCGGGCCGCCUUCAACGGGGCCUGGAAGCAUGUCACCCCGACUAACCGGGGCCGCAUGCUUAUCAAGCUGGCUGACCUGAUGGAACAGCACUGCGACGUCCUCGCUGCCAUCGAAGCCCUCGACAACGGCAAGGCCUACUCCAUCGCCAAGAUCGACGUCGCCAACUCUGCCGCUUGCAUCAGGUACUACGGUGGUUGGGCCGAUAAGAUCCACGGCAAGGUCAUCGACACCGACCCGGAAUCCUUCAACUACACCCGCCACGAGCCCAUUGGGGUCUGUGGCCAGAUCAUCCCUUGGAACUUCCCCUUGCUCAUGUUCGCCUGGAAAAUCGGCCCCGUCAUCGCCACCGGAAACACCGUCAUCCUCAAGACCGCGGAACAGACCCCGCUCUCCGCCCUCUAUACCGCCAAGCUCAUCGUCGAGGCGGGCUUCCCUCCAGGAGUCAUCAACAUCCUCUCCGGUUUCGGCCGCACCGCCGGUGCUGCCAUCGCCGCCCACAUGGACAUUGACAAGAUUGCCUUCACGGGCUCCACCGUGGUCGGUCGCCAGAUCCUCCAGGCCGCUGCCAAGAGUAACCUCAAGAAGGUCACGCUCGAACUGGGCGGCAAGAGCCCCAACAUCGUCUUCAACGACGCGGAUAUCGAGAACGCCAUCUCUUGGGUCAACUUUGGUAUCUACUUCAACCACGGCCAGUGCUGCAGUGCCGGCAGCCGCAUCCUGGUCGAGGAGGGCAUCUACGACACCUUCCUCGAGCGCUUCAAGGCUCGUGCCCAGCAGAACAAGGUCGGCGACCCGUUCCACAGCGAUACCUUCCAGGGUCCCCAGAUCUCCCAGGUCCAGUUCGACCGCAUCAUGGGCUAUAUUCAGGACGGCAAGGCCUCCGGCGCCAAGGUCGAGAUUGGCGGCGAGCGCCUGGGGAACCAGGGCUUCUACAUCCAGCCAACCAUUUUCAGCAACGUCACGGAGGACAUGAAGAUCGUCAAGGAGGAGAUCUUUGGACCCGUCUGCUCCGUGCAGAAGUUCAAGAAUGAAGAGGAGGCUAUCGACAUUGCCAACAACACGUCAUACGGUCUUGCCGCUGCCGUCCACACCACGAACCUCAACACCGCCAUCCGUGUCUCCAACGCACUGAAGGCUGGUACCGUCUGGGUCAACAACUACAACAUGAUCUCUUACCAAGCUCCUUUCGGCGGUUUCAAGGAGAGCGGUCUCGGCCGUGAAUUGGGAGAAUACGCACUCGACAAUUACACUCAAAUCAAAUCCGUCCGCGUUCGCCUGGGUGAUGCGCUUUUCGGUUAGGUAGUAUGUUCAGGGUAAGCGGGGGAGUGACUUAGUUAACUAGUUGUAUAACGUUAUGAUUUAAUUAUUCAGCUGACAUAUUCUGUACACGGGGAGUGGUUCUUUUCUUUUCUUU